AAGUGCGGAGGCGCAGGAGCUGCUGCGGGCAGUCGCGGGGCACAGCACACACUAGAUCCAAGGAGGUCUGGCUCAGCUGCAGUCCCUGCCGGUGGACCCCCAAGCUGGAGGCGGCGGGCGGGGACCGCGAGGUGCACGCGCGCCGGUCCCGUGGGCGGCCUCUCAGCUCGCGCUCCCUCCUAGCGCAGGGCACACGCAGGAGUAAUCGGUCUCUGCCAACACAGUGGUUGGCGCGCGUGCGGAGGAGCCCGGCGCGCUCCCGGCGUCGGGCAAGCGCACAGAAGCCCAGCGCUCGCACAGACAGGAGCAAGAAUGUGGUGAGUGACGUGGGAACCUGCCCUGGAAAGAAGCAGCAGAUGCUCCCCAUGCCAAAUGAGGAAAAACUGGGCACACAGGAACUGCCUUUCCAGACACUCACCCAUAGGUGGAGUGGUUCCCUAGGUGAUCAGCCUGGGUGCAAAGCGGCCACCCAGAUUCAGACACACACCUCAGCAGAAUUCUGGGCUGCACAGUUGGAGUCUGUAGAACAGAGGCAGCCGAAGCUAAGGAUUUAAAUGUGGUCACAGCCCCUGGAGGGUUUGUUGGUCCUGGGUCUACAGUACUGCGAUCCAAAGUGACUCAGUAGGUCCACAUAGAGUCCAAGAAAGGCCAUGCCGUGGACCAGAUACACUUAAUCUCAGCUCUCUAAAGGAGCAACACAAGGGAGCCCCAGCUCAGGGCGUCGGAUGUGCAAACUGCAAAAAAAAAAAACCAAAACAAAGCAAAAAACAAAACCCUCGUUGCCACCAGGCUGGUUCACCUCCGCCCCGCAACGGAUAUAGCCCGGGUUGAGGUUCCCCUUUUCGAAGUUCAGAAAGAGUUGGGUGCGUCCUCCUCACAAGAGAGGAGAGUGGGAAGGGCAAGGUGGGAGUGGCGUGCACAGGGGGUGGACAUAUGUGAAAUCUGAUCCAGUGCCAAGGAAAGGGUAUGUGCUGCCAUAGACCCCAGGGCAAAGCUCAGCCUCCACCAGGCUCGUGUGGCUCCUGAGCUGGCCGACUGCACACAACACAGCCCGCUCAUGGAGAACUCGGUGGCGCCUUUCGUCCUCUACCCGGGGACUGAGCCCAGGACUCCCGGAGAGGACAGCCUGCCUCUACCAGCCGAGGAAGAGGGCGCUGCGUCCCCAGCGCAGACACCCUGCAGUCUCAGCGCCUCACUGUGCUUCAGCUCCGGGGACGACUCCCCGCCGCAGUCUCGCGCCUCUGCGGCGGAGGGUUCCGAAGCCUCUCCGCCUUCUCUCCGCAGCGACCUGCGCGUGGUGGAGACGCAGUGGGAUGUCAGCAGCGUCGCGUCCCCAGAGUCCCCGGAGGAGUGCGCGCGCCCGGAAGAGCCCGCGUCGCCGGAGGAUCCCCCUUCCCGCCACGAGCACGCGCGUCCCGUGGGGUUCGAGUCUUUAGACGAACUCGGGGAGCCCGUUCCUGUGCCGCCCGGGGUCGGGUCCGCUCACGGAGAGCCCGACCUGGUCAUCGAGGUGGCCGGUCGCCGGCUGCGGGCGCAUAAGGCGGUGCUGGCGGCGCGCAGCGACUACUUCCGCGCGCGCGCGUCGCGGGACGUGCUGCGGGUGCAAGGCGUGAGCUUCACGGCCCUGCGGCUGCUGCUGGCCGACGCGUACAGCGGGCACAUGGCGGGCGUGCGGCCGGACAACGUGGCCGAGGUGGUGGCCGGCGCGCGCCGCCUCCAGCUGCCCGGCGCUGCGCAGCGCGCCACCGAGGCCAUGGCGCCGCAGCUGAGCCUGGCCAACUGCUACGAGGUGCUGAGCGCAGGCAAGCGGCAGCGGCUGAGCGAGCUGCGCGACGCCGCCUACCGCUUCAUGAGCGACCACUACCUGGAAGUGCUGCGCGAGCCCGCCGUCUUCGGCCGCCUGUCCGGGGCAGAGCGAGAUCUGCUACUGCGGCGCCGCCUGGGUACCGGCCGCGCUUGUCUGCUGGCCGCUGCUCUCGGGACGACCGGGGAACGCUCGGGCAGUCGACCGCAGAGCCCGUCCGGGGACGCGGAGUCGCGCGGGGACGCGGCCGUUUAUUGCUACCAGGCGGAGGCCGGGGAGUGGCGCGAGCUGACACGGCUGCCCGAGGGCGCGCCGGCGCGCGGCUGCGGCCUCUGCGUGCUCUUCAACUACCUCUUCGUGGCGGGCGGUGUGGCUCCUGCGGGUCCCGAUGGCCGCGCGCGCCCGUCGGACCAGGUGUACUGCUACAACCCGGUCACCGACUGCUGGAGUACUGUGCGGCCGCUGCGCCAGGCGCGCUCGCAGGUGCAGCUGCUGGCCCUGGACGGCCACCUAUACGCUGUUGGCGGCGAGUGCCUGCUCAGCGUGGAGCGCUACGACCCGCGAGCUGACCGCUGGACCGCGGUGGCCCCGCUUCCCCGGGGUGCCUUCGCAGUGGCCCACGAGGCUGCCACCUGUAACGGCGAGAUCUAUGUGUCCGGGGGCUCACUCUUUUACCGCCUGCUCAAGUACGACCCCCGGCGCGAUGAGUGGCAGGAGUGUCCAUGCAGUAGCAGCCGAGAGCGCUCUGCCGACAUGGUGGCCCUCGACGGCUUCCUCUAUCGCUUUGACCUGUGUGGGAGCCGAGGUGAUGCUCAGGCUGCAGUCGGUUCAGGUGGUGGGGUCAGCGUUUUCCGGUACCAUUGCCUGGCCAAGCAGUGGAGCCAGUGUGCUGUACACCUGAGGCCCCCAGGCGCACCCGCAGGCCUCCAGCCCUUUCGUUGUGCUGCCCUAGAUGGUACCAUCUACUGUGUGAGCCGCGCUGGGACCUGGCGUUUCGUGCCUUCUCAGGACACCGAGGCUGGCAGCGAUGUGGGACCUGGUGGCAGCUUUGAACCUGAGCCCCUGGGAUCCCCACUGGAUGUCCGGGGGGUACUCUUUCCAUUUGUACUCAACUUGCCUGAGAAGCCUGACCGCGGGGAGCAGAGUGCAGCCUAGGACAGGAUUAGCUGGGCAGCUCCACUGUCCAGCAUUUGUGGUGGUGGUGGUGGGGCUCAAAAGAGUGCGCUUGGGCCCCCACAGGGCAAAGAGGUCUCAGGAAUGGAGGAAUCGGACAGGACAGGCCUCUGGCCACAGUGCAUCAUGCAAACGCUUUGAGAGUAGAAGAAGCUUCUCUGGCUCUGAAGACAUUUUCACAAUGCUGUUUUAAGCGCCGCUUUGCAGUGCUGGAUUCUGCUCUUGCUUCGCUUGUUUAGUGGGGGGUUCAUAGCUUAAAGUGUGGGAAGAUAACACAUAAGCCCAUGCCCAAGGGAAGAGGUAGAGGAGGCCACAGAUAAAGUAGGGUGCAGGUGCGGACUCGGGUAAUGAGGAGCCAGCCCAGUCCCUUCCUUACCAGUGAGUUCGAGGUUCUCAGACCUGCUUGGGGUCUUAAAGUAGGCCAGGUAUCCUUGCAACCGCAGAGAGAAGGUUAAACCCCGCCCCCAGGUUUAAAACGAUAACUUAUAAGAUCUGCACGUGUGUUCGCAAGUUUUUUGUAGACUCAGCUUCAAAAAGUAACCUAUCAAGUACUGAAGGCGAAUCCUCGUUGACCAGUAGAGUUGCCUUUGUUGAUGAAAAUGUUAACAGGCAGCAUACUGAACGGGAAAGGACAGACAACAAGGGUGACAGGACCUCAGGUCAGGAGGCUCUGGUGACUCUGCCUGCUCACCCACUUUCCUGUCUGAGAAUGAACUAGGGCAACUUUUUUUUUCCUCCCUAGAACAAGGAAGUUAAAAUCAUGUUUUGACAGCCGCACGCUUUGAACUCUCGGCGUGGUUAUGUUUUGAACGUGUCUUCUGUGAUUCAGAUGAGGGAGAUUAAUUUACAACCAUCUAGAAGAAAAUGUGUGUGUGUGUGGGGGGGGGUGAUAUGGAGGAGGGAGAGGAGAUACGCCCCAGUUUUGAGUGGAAGUGACAUCCAUUUAACUUCCAAAACACCCUACUAGAGUCGGAAGGAGACUCAUACUUAGACGAGGUUGCAAGGACCAAAACCAAGUCCGUUCAUUUUCUCUCGUGUUAGGAGGUUGUGCAUUUGAGAAUAUGUGGGGCGGGGCUUCCUAUUCAUAAAGCAGUUCAGGACAGAAUGUGUUCCCAGAUAACUAGUUUAGAUUCCAUACCUAGCCCACUGUUUUCUAACAGUGGGGCUCCUUAGCACUCAGAGUUUUCUGGAACACAGAGGAAGCUCUGCAUUCACCUUGUCAUCUCUAUAGAAAUCGUUGGUUGCUGGGAACUAGGUUAGGCUUUAUAGUCUGCUCUGAAAGGUCACAGUGAAGUGUGUUUAGAAACAGCCAGCUUGAAUCUUCUGCAUGACCCAGGGGAAUGGAGUUUAUAGUUCCUGUUUGUAUGUUCUGGUCUCUCUGUGCUUGUUCGUGGUUACUCAUAAACCAAGAGAAUGUCUUGGCAACAUGGUUAAUCAUCUUAAGAAAAACAGACUUCCUAUUGCCUGGUUUUAUUGGUCUUUUUGAGGGGCGUCCUGGGGAAAGGCUUGCAGAGGAGCAAAAGGAGACAGUGCUUAGAGGCACACCUGCAUUCCUUAAGUACCAGACUUACAGAAUACUAUCAUGUGACUCUUGCCUAAGAAGCCAUUCCUCCGACAUCCACUAUUGAAAUUGGGCCUCUGGGGUGACAUGUCCCUGGAGAGGACAGAUGUACACCAGACAGAAGACUCUUCCUGUGUGGGCAUCGUGCCCCAUAGAACACAGAGAAACCCAAGGAAGUCAAAAGGAUAAAUGUAUUUAUUUGCAAAUCAUGAAAGAACAUCACUUCGUCGUUCAUGAAUAGAGGUGUGGCUGAUCUGUUUUUUUGAGAACAUAUAUCUUUUGUCCUGUUCCCAAAGGUGACCCCCAUUGAAAAAUGCUACAGGCCCUGUCAUGUCUUAGCAACCAUGCGUUUUGUUCCUGGGGUCUGGGAGACUGACUUCCCACCCAUCUCUUCUACAUUCAUUUCUUGUUGAUGAUAAGCAACUUAAGGGAUAGAGGUUUUCUUCUGGCUCAGAGUUCAGGCUACAGUCCACCAUGCUGUGGAAGUCCCAGGGCGGGACCUUGAGGGAACUGGUGCUACUGUCCCUGCAGUCAAGAGACAGCAUUUGAUGCAUACUGCCUGUGAUGGUUUUUAUAUGCUUGGCCCAGGGAGUGGCACUAUUAGAUGUGUCCUUUUUGGAGUAGGUGAGUCACUGUGGGUGUGAGCUUAAGACCCUCACCCUAGCUGCCUGGAAGCCAGUCUUCUCCUAGCAGCCUUCAGAUGAAGAUGUAGAACUCUCAGCUCCCCCUGCACCAUGCCUGCCUGGGCGCUGCCAUGUUCCCGCCUUGAUGGUAAUAGGCUGAACCUCUGAACCUGUAAGACAGCCCCAAUUAAAUGUUGUCCUUAUAAGAGUUGCCUUGGUCAUGGUGUCUGUUCACAGCAGGAAAACCCUAAGACACUGCCACUCAGCUCCCUGUCUCCGUGCCUACAUUCCCCGGACCCAGUCAGGAAAUGCUGCUACCCAGAGUUGGCAGCUCUUUCCAUUCCAAUUAAUGCAAUACAGAUAACUCCCCACAGGCAUGCUCAGAGGCCUGUCUUCCAGGUAAUUCUCUGUUCUGUUAACACCUACCUUUGCCCCACAACAAGCGGGAGUGAACUGGAUAAAGUAUUGGUUUGGUAACGAGGGGAGCGGGCUUCUCGGAGAUGUGUCUCCAGUGUGUGAACCAGGUAGGUGCUGCCCACCUGCUGGUCACAUUCUGCCUCUAACUCCACCUAGGAGUUUGGUUGGCGUGAGCACAGCUCUGUCUGUCGGCUAAGGAUCAUUUAAGGUUAAUGUGCUUGGGACACCCAUUCUCAGUUCUUAGGACAUUAACCCUCGUACACAGACACCCCCAGUGUUUGAAAGGACAGUGUCACCUUAAGGAGUAAAUGAUUGACAAACACACAAAGAUUGACCUUCUGUUUGGCUGACGGGUAAUUACAUUUAUAUCGCCAAGGUUUGUUUGGAGUCUUAGCAACGGGCUAACGUUUCUCUGUUUUUCUUUCUGUUUUGUACUUUGGCAUGGGACGGGAUGAGCCCCACCUCUAGUGCAGACACUUGGCAGCUUGGUAGACUUGGAAUGCGGUGAUUCUGCUUCUAAGGAAAUGACGGCAGGAGUUUACUUUAAGAAAAAUGAAUGUUGUGGAAAUUUUGUUGGCUGCUUAAUUUCGUACCUGUACUGGUUUUGUUAUACAGGAAAACAAAACAACAACAACAACAAAACCUGUGUCCCUCUAGUCCUGGUGGUGUCUGUGUGACCUGUUAGCAAACUUUGUCCCGGUGUUGAAACUGAGCACCUCCGAGAGUAUGCUACUUUCUGCUGAAGUCAAGGUAGUCGGGACACGAUGGUCGGAAAUGUCGGAUGUGAGCCCAAUAGCUCUUCCGUGUAGUGUUUCACAUCAGGGACCCUCCCCAGCUUACAGAAAAAUUUUAUUUUGAUACUCAAGUUUUUUUUUAAUGCCCCCAUUUCUUUGUAAUAUUAUUAACAAGAAGGUAACGACUCCAGCUGAAAGUGGAACUCUAUGGCACUCUAGCUGCAUCUGUGUUUAUCCAAGCAGACACUUCAUGGAUGUGGGCGGAGCAUCCAUGAAGAGGGCCGUACCAUGAGACGCUGAAGGACCUGGCAGGAAAUGGGUCCUGGCAACAGCCUCACCUGGCUUUGUGGCCAGUUUUGGGUUGAAGUAAAAGUCUAUGUGUAUGUGUAUUCCAAUGUGAGGUUGCACACUCCCCUGUCCCCUCAUGCUUGGUAAAGCUCUAACUAGUACCUACUACUAACUAGUACACACAUUUGGCCACUUAUUAAAGGUCAGCACCCUUUGAGUUUGAGGCAAAGUCGGGCCAGCUGUAGCUGGAUGUGCAGUUACUAUGCUAACACUUGAGUGUUACCCUACGCAUAAAUGCUGUAAAACCUUGUAUGUUUGUCACCUGUGCCAAGAUGCAAUAAACCAUGUGGAAACUGCCAGCGCUCCUGAAA